AUGGUCCAGCUCCGGGGGGCGUUGAGGGGUCGAGUUGCGCCGGGGACGUGGCUCGCCGUGGAAGAAUCGAAGCCCGUCCGUGACAGUUUGUUCAGCCUCAGGCCGCAGACGCCGUCGAAGGGCGGCGUCUGCUGUUCCGCUCCCCCUGCAGCGUUCCAGCGGAGGACGGCUCCAGAGCCAAUGUCGCAGUUCAUACGACCGAGCUUUUCGCUGUGGUUGUUGGCCCUGCCUCUGGUCGCGGUGGCUGUCGAGCAGGGUUUGCCUGGAUAUGUCGUCUUCGCUCCCGCGGGGGAGGCCUGUUCUUUCCCGCCAGAGAGCGCCGCUUCUCUCCCCGAGCCUUCUAGCUCUCUCGUUCUGCCCUAG